CUUGGAAGGGGGUCCAGCGUAAGAGCUCCGCAACGUUGAUUUGGACAUGGUGAGAGUCAGUUGUAAUUCAUUACUCACAAUGGCCACACUGCAUUUCCUUACCUUCACUCUCAUCGCCUUAUUCCUAGGAUCAUCUCUUGGUCAGAUUUCCCCGCGAAAGUCCACAACAACACGAAAGCCUGCACUUGCAAGGUCAGCGGCUGCCGAAGAAGAUGGAAUAACAGAUGAAUGUCCGGAACCAUUUGGAUUCUUCGCAGAUGCUGAACAGUGCGAUAAAUACUAUGAGUGCAAUGAUGGAGCUAUAACUGAAAAGUUGUGUCCUGACGGACAAGUCUUCAAUGAUUUUAGUCCUGAUCAGGAGAAAUGCGAUUUACCCUUCGGCAUAGAUUGCUCUCAACGCCCCAAAUUGCAAACUCCAAAGCCUAGUCUGCACUGUCCUCGUCUUCACGGGUAUUUUGGUCACGAAGACAAGGGUGUUUGCGACAAAUUCUACUACUGUGUUGAUGGGAAAUUCAACAUGAUCGUUUGCCCAGCUGGUCUGGUGUUCAAUCCCAAGACAGGAAUUUGCACUUGGCCUGACGAGGCGCAAAAGAUUGGCUGCUCCAGCGAGGACAUUUUCCAAUUCACCUGCCCGAAAGUCAAUGAAAGCGUGGCUCUGACUCACCCGCGCUACGCCGAUCCCGAGGAUUGCCAGUACUUCUACGUGUGCAUCAAUGGCGAAGUGCCGCGUCGCAAUGGUUGCAAGCUUGGUCAAGUGUUCGAUGAUACACACAAAUACUGCGAAUGGGUGCGGAAAGUCCCGGAGUGUGCCGAUUGGUACAAAGAUCGCCUGACUGAUGCACAAUUGGAUGAACUUGAGAAUCCUAAGCCAAAGUCAACAAGAGCACCUGGUUCUGUUCCAUCAAGGCGCAAACCCAUGAGAAAGCACAGCAAACAAGGUGGAGAGACUGAACAGUAACAUUUACACAGCCAUUAGAGAAAUCCGUUUCUUCUUUGCUUCUCGAAAGUCUUGUUUAAUACAUGAAGUACAUAAAUUGGAAAUGAUGAUAAUUCACCAACAAAAUACAUAUGGAAUUUCACUACUGUUCUUAGAAACGGAAAAUUGACACAUUUCAAUAAAUAUAUUCGGCAUAAGAGGAAAAUAAAUCUUCUGUAUAAAUGGUAUAAAUCGAUUUU